GAAAGAGCUCAGCAGGACUGAAAACCACAGAGUCACACAGGAAAGUUAAACACUUCUACUCCAUUACAUCUCUGAGAGGGAGACCAGAAGAAGAAGAAAGGGAUUAGAAUAAGACAAAGUAAUUGAAGAAGAAUAAAAGAAGCCAACAUGUCCAAAGCUCUGCUGAGGAGAAACUCCAGCAAACAGGGUUUACAAAACCUGAUGAGGCUGACGGCUCAGAGGAGCGUGGAGGAUGCUGAGGAGGUGGAGAGGGAGCGCCGCCGCAAAGCUCGAGAGGCAACAAGCUGGACCAACGGUGGCUCGAUGCCCGGAGAGAUCUCAAAGGAGAACGAGACGCAGGAAGAGGAGAGCAUGUACGACGGCGACCGGAAGCCGAGCAGCUCUCCUUCUCUGGAGGAGGAUGAAGGCUUCAGCGACUGGACGCAGCGCAGGGAGAGACGGAGGCAGCAGCUCCUGCAGGAGGUCAACCAGGGAGCCGAGGAGGAGGAGGACGAAGAGGAGAUAAACAGAGCUGUACACGUAAAGACCGCCCAGGCCUCUGACACGUCCUCCAGCCGACUCCAGAGACAGGAGCAUGAGGAGGAAGAGAGGCUGGAGAUGGAGAGGAGGAAGAGGAGUCAGGAGGAAGCGCUUAGAGCUGAGAGGUUGAGGAGGGAGGAGGUUAAGAAGCCAAAUACAGAGGUGGAGAAAAGAAAAGAAGUUAAAAUCUCCUACACGUCCAAAGUGGUCCUUCACCAAGAGCCCAAACAUGGCAACGCCAAUGGAGACGCAACCAAAGAAGAAGUGACGUCGUACAAGAACAACAAGACAAAAAGAUCCAACAGCAGAGCCGUGGAGCCGGUGGAGGCCGAAGCCAUCCUGGAGACGGAGCAGCGUCUACAGAAGAUCCAGCAGAGCCUCCAGCAGAAGGAGAGCCAGGAGCUGGAACAGCUAAGACAUCGGCAGGUGGAGGCCGAGCAGGAGCUGGAGGAGCUGAAAAGGAGGCGUGAGGAGAGGCGUCGAAUUCGGGUGGAAGAGGAGCGCCGGAGGGAGGAGGAGGAGCAGCAGCAGCUGGCCAAAGAAGAGGAGGAGAGGAAGCAGAUGAAGGAAGACAUCGAGAGGAGGAGGAUGGAGGCAGCCGAGAGGAUGAAGAGCCUGAGUAUGUCCACCGUGGACGGAGACGAGAUGCUCAGUCCCUUCAGUGCCAGAGCUCCCACUCACAAGAUCACAGAGAGAACUGAGUCGCUGAACCGCUCGCUGAAGAAAAGUAACAGCUUUAAGAAGACUCAGCCUCUCGUCCUGCUGCCCAAGAUCGAUGACAAAAUGGAGCAGUACGCUCACGCUGUUGAGAACUCCCAGGAGGCGAGGGCAGUGAAGGCAUCGCUGGCAGACCUGCCCAGCUCACCGGAGGUUGUCUCCUCCAAGAAAAACCUGUUUGAGGUCGGAGAGGCCUGGAGCUGGAGCUCAGUCAAGGGACCCACCUGUAAGGACACUGAGGGGUUGAAGGUGGGCGUGGCCAACAGGAUCACUCAGUGGGUGAAGGGUCCGUCUGACAGCCGACAGUCACUCUGCAAGCCGGCAGAUGUGAGGCCUGGAGAUGUGAUGCAGAAAAAGAACAUGUGGGAGGGGAUUGGAGACUCGACAAGGCAACCCGGGCAAAGAGCCAAGGGAUCAGCAGCUGGUAAAAAGUACAAAUUUGUCGUCACUGGCCACGGAAAAUACGAGAAGAUCCCUAUGGAUAACGACAAUGGAGGAGAGUUCACUAACGGAGAGUCCGAUUUUUAUCAUGAUGAUUACUAAGGAGGUGCCAUUCCUUAAGGUCUAACAGAAGAAGCCGUCCCAGACUUUCAUUUAUAUCCAAUAAAUCACUUUUUCUGUCUCUCUCAGCUGGACAACCACAAACCAACAGCCCCAAUCUUAAAGAUUAUGUCAUCAAAUGUCUACAUGUUCAAUGUCCUCUAUUUGCUUUUGUAUUUUCUGACAUUCUGUUUAUGUAUAUAUUUGACCGUCAGCUUUAAUGUUGUUUUUUUUAAAUAUUCUCCAUUACAGUGUUUGAGGUGAACCGUGUUUGGUUGGUUUUGUAUUAUGGUGUGUUGGGAAACCUAAAAAUAUUUUAAAUUGACCACAUUCACAUUUUUCUUUAAGGUAGAAUUGAUGAAACACACUUUGGUUUAUUAUCUGUUCGGCACUUAUGACUAUAGAGAACAAUCUGAAAACAUUGAGCUUGGGACAGACAUUGUCAAAAACUGUAAAAAAUGAGUUAAUACAGACAAUAAUAACAACUCGCAGUAUAAAUCUAUACGUACCCAAAAUAGAGGACAUUGAUUUAGUCUCUGUUACACCUCAACAACUUUUAUUACCUGAUUUAUUCAAUCAAACUUUAUUUCCUGUGUAUGUUUUUAUCAGCUCUCUGUCUGUACUACUGCAAACGUUUUUAAUAUUCAUUUACUGAGAUUUCUGAUUGUACGUGUUUAUAACCCCUUUUCUUAAAUAAAUUUGAAUAAUUUUAUA